AUGAUUUUGGACCCUGUGAAGGGCACAGUCUUCCUCUGUCUCACAGGGCUUGGCACCAUGGGGAACAUCUCAGUUUUUGUGAGUUACAUGCACACGUUCCAAAGCACAGAGAAGAAACCUAUACACCUCAUUCUUGCCCACUUGGCACUCACAAACAUCAUAAUGCUUCUUUCGAAAGGGAUGCCGAAGACUAUAGAAGCCUUUAAUUUUAGAAACUUCUUAGAUGUCACCAGUUGUAAAGUUGUAGUUUACCGGGCAAGAACAUCCCGGGGCCUCUGCAUCUGCACCAGCAGUCUCCUCACUGUGGUCCAGGCCAUCACCAUCAGCCCCAGACACUCCCGAUGGCAGAGGCUCACCCUAAAGACUCCACAGCACAUUGUUUCCUCGCUGCUCUUCUUUUGGAUACUCAAUUUCUUGAUCAGCAUGAAUUUACCAUAUUACAUCAAAAGUAUCAACAGUGUGAACAUAACACAGGUU